UGUAAGUGCUCAAAUUUUUAGUGAGAUAAAUGCAACUAGAGUUUAUCCAAUUCUCACAAUUAUUUGUAUGCUAACAUUCAAAACUUUAACCAAAGUAAAAGGGCACAACACUGAAGUGUACAAUGACAGCCUAUUCGGUACUAGUGGGUUUUGGCAUAAUAGAUUAUUGUUUUUUUUGUGUGUAUGUGUUCUUGUUACUAACUUCGUAUCAAUUUAUAUGUCUUACUUCCCUUCUUAUUUAGUUCUAAAAAAUACCACUUUUCUAUACAUUGUAAGCUUUACUUUUAACAUCUCAUUUUACCUUAAUGACAAUGACACUCCCUUUUGAGAAUGACUUGACAUGUUUAAGAUUACAAAAUUCGAAAGAUAUUUUUGAUAUGUUAUAUACAUACCCCUUUACUUUAUGACCGCAAGAUUCAAAAGUUUUCUUUAUGUCUUAAACUUCAUAUUCAAUAUCACCAUUCUCAAAAAAAUGUAGACUUUGUACCUAGUCAAACAAUCAAACUAAGAAAUAUAAAAUGAAAUGGAGUAAGUAUGAAAUAUCGUCAAUUUUUAGAUUACUUCUCUCCAUGUGAUUUUACAUCCACCUCGCCCUUUUGACACAUUCAGUUAUCAUAGUGACACCUAUAAUAGGUGCGUUUGGAAGUCUAUAACAUGUCCAAAUCAUUUCAAGCGACCUGCUCUCAAUUUAUCCUUUUAUUUGUGCCACUUGCACAUUCUAACGUUUGUAAUCGUUUAUAUCUUGUACAGGCGCAUCCACCUCACCAUUCACAUUUCUCCAAUUAUCAUUCUUUUGCUAUCUUUACAUUGCCUAUCAACCUACCUACAGCCCCCGUCUGUUGCAGACUUAGGAAUUAGGAUUGACGAUAAGAUCCUCACAUAAGUGAAAUUCAUGAGUAGGGUUUCAAUAAAUGAGUUAAAUUAAGAUCAAGCUUCAUAGUGUUCUUUGAGAUUAAUAUCUUCUGUUUUAUAACUGGAAAUCUUAUGUUAGUUUUUGCUUGCAAACUAAGUUGAUUUUUCGAUCUGCUUAGCUUUGAAAUGCUGAUAUUUGUGCAAUAUAAAUUGCAUAAUCCUGAAAGUGAUUGUGGAAGGAAACAGCUCAUACUGACUACUGUCUAUAUCCAGUGGCGCAAGCCAUUUAUUAACCUUCUGUCCUUUUCCUCCUAGUUGUAAUUUAAACUACGGUUAAUGUCUACUCUGGAUUUCAUUGGGCACUUUUAUCCGUAGCGAGAUUUCUUGCUUUUAGGCAGUCAAGCAUCAAAUCCUUUUGUUUUCUGGUCAGUUCUUAAGUAUUCUCUAACCAAUCGCUGAAGCUUGAUCCACAGAGAGAAUUUGUUUCACUGUACCACCAGAUUGCCCCAUAUGCGUGUAAUAAUUGUUCCCCUUUGUGCUUAUUCCUCAAGGUUACCAUCACCAGUCAUUUUCUUACUUUGCUUUCUUUGUGCAUUUAAAAUGAGCUCUUCGCAUUCGUUUCAUCUGUUCUCUUUUAUUUGUCAUUCCACUCUCUGCUGUGCUCUAUUUGCUUUAUCUGUACAUACCCUUUUCCUUCUUCCAAUCAGAACAAACAUUAAGUCCCAAAAUGGUAGAGUUUUGAAUUGUCAAUCACUACUUUUAAUAUUGUAUAUAACAUGACUUUUGACCCGAGUCUCGCGCUUAAUUUACGUGGAACUAUUUAAGGCCUAAAUCUCUCUCAUUUGAAUUUUCCAUUGUUUAGGGAGGUAAAGGUCUACUGUAAUACUCUUUAGCCACUUAUAAUGCUCUUUUAUUAAGUAAAAAUGGAUAAAUUCCCUCAAUGCUUCUUUGGUACCUUGUUUUAUUUUAGGGUUGGGGCAAAUACUGCUUCUAAUAAUGUAGAGAGAAUUCCUUUUGUUUUAUUACUGUAGUGUUAAGCCCAAGCUUGCACGCACCGCAACUAAUUCACAAGUUUUGUGCUACCUCCCGCAAGGGUUAGAUAGGAAGAAAUCCACCUAGUGUCGCCACUACCAAAAUGCCUGCUUUCCAAGGUUAUUAGAUUGACGACUCAGCCGUUAGGCCAGCCAUUGGGGGCUGUAACAUUGGGAGAAACUUGGUUCACCAUUAUAAGAACCAAAAAGAUGGUUGGUAAAUCUCGUGGAGCGGUGGAGGAUUAAUUUGCAUGGUACUGCACUUCCUGUUUACAGAGAAGUAAAAUCAAAUAGAAGCAAGAGGGAGAGUGCUCACAUCUGUAGGUCGACUUUUAAACAAGAUUUAUCAGUCAGUUCAGUACUAUUGGGGUAGAUGCAAGCUUGAUAGUAAUGUCUGUACUCAUUGAAGGGCUUCCUGAUGCUGUUGCUCUCAGGUGUCUUGCACGGGUUCCCUUUUAUCUUCAUCCCAAGUUAGAACUUGUUUCACGUUCCUGGCAAGCUGCUAUUCGAAGUGGCGAACUAUUUAAGGCAAGACAGGAGGUCAAAUCAUCUGAGGAAUUUUUAUGCAUCUGUGCUUUUGAUCCUGAUAAUUUAUGGCAGCUUUAUGAUCCUAUGCGUGAUCUUUGGAUUACUCUCCCUGUUCUUCCAUCAAACAUCAGACAUCUGGCACACUUUGGUGUGGUAUCUACUGCUGGAAAACUCUUUGUUCUAGGUGGUGGUAGUGAUGCUGUGGAUCCAUUGACUGGUGACCAAGAUGGAAGUUUUGCCACUGAUGAGGUCUGGUCAUAUGACCCGGUAACCCGAGAAUGGAGUCUGUGUGCGUCUAUGAUUGUGCCUCGGGCAAUGUUCGCUUGUUGUGUGUUUGAUGGGAAGAUAGUUGUUGCAGGGGGUUUCACUAACUGCAGAAAAUCAAUAUGUAAAGCAGAAAUCUAUGAUCCCGAGAAGAAUGUUUGGGAUCCGAUCCCUGAUCUCCAUCACACACACAACUCUGCCUGCUCAGGAGUGGUUAUUGGUGGUAAAGUUCAUGUAUUGCACAAAGGUUUGUCAACUGUUCAGGUUUUGGAAAAUGUGAAGCAGGGUUGGACUGUGCAUGAGUACGGUUGGCUCCAAGGUCCCAUGGCUGUUGUUAGGGGAAAACUUUAUGUAUUGAGUCAUUGGCUCAUAUACAGGCAGGAAAGAGAAACAAGGAAGAUGGUAGUUUCAGCAUCCGAGUUCCGUAGAAGAAUUGGGUUUGCGAUGAUAGGUCUGGGUGAUGAUAUCUAUAUUGUUGGAGGGGUUAUUGGACCUGAGCGCUGGAAUUGGGACAUUAAAUUGCUGUCUGAUGUUGAUGCCCUGACACUCGGAAAUGAGAGGCAAGUGUGGCGUCAAGUUGCUCCAAUGACAAGGUGUAGAGGAACGGUCCUUGGCUGCACGUUAAUGAGAAUAUAGGUCUUGGAUAACGGAUCGAGUUCCAUUGCAGUUUUCGAUGGAUAACUACUUCAAAAAGGGUUGAGUUGUUCCUGCAGGGUGCAAGGGAUGAGAUGUUCAGCUUCCUUGCACAGUAUAUAUAACCCUUUUAGCUCAAUGCUGCUGGUUCUUUUAGUAAACCUCUGUCCAUACCUUGAAUGUUAGCGAUUUUAACAUGAAAACUACGCGUAUUUGCAUCAAGGAGGUUUCUUUUCUCAGAGUUUUUGCUAUCUUCUUGUGUUGUCUGUAUGGAAGAUAAAUUAGUUUGUUGUUGCCUCUGCUUGAUUCUUUUCUAUUAGCAGCGGGCAUGUUUGUCUAUUAUCAAGUUGUCAACAAAGUGAGCCUAAAUCUUUUUGGUCUUUUUCUUUUAGUCAAACCAAGACAUAUCCAUGUAUUAGGAUAAGCCAAAUCAUAGUUCAGCCACAAGAUGGGCAUUUGAGAUUCUAAAGCCAUGUUAUAUGUAGUAAUUCUCAUUGUACUUGGUUAAUCUACCAAGCAAUAUUCAAGAUUCCAUGGAAAUGAAUGGAGUGGUUUUCAAGUGAAUUGCUUUGACA